CACCACUUUCUCUCUCUUCAAACCACCACCACCACCACCACUUUCUCUCUCUAACCAUACCAAUUCGUCACUACCAUUCUCAAAUUCCAAUCUAUAAUCCAGUCUCUCCUAUCUCGUUUCUUUCACAAUUUGACAUGCCAAACACCAAUCGCCACCGCAAUUAUGACACCCACCGCCACCAUUCACCACCCAAACGCCACCCAAAACUCUUGUCAAUCUUUCUUAAGUUCAUCGUUAUGUCCCUUAUACUCUCUCUCUUCCUCAUCUUCCUCGGCCUUGCUGCCAUCAUCCUACUUCACGUCCUUCUCGUGGCCUGCUUCUUCCACGGCCGUCGCCGCAGCCGAAAUAUCACCCCACCACCCACCUCCUCUUACUCUCUCCUCGACUUACAGACCCACCUCCCUCCGUUUCAAUACUCCUCCUCCUCCUCCUCCGGUGACUGUUCGAUUUGCUUGGAGAAUUUCAAAGAAAGAGAGUUCUGCCGAUUGCUUCCGGAGUGUGAUCACGUAUUUCACGCAGACUGUGUGGAUUCAUGGCUAACCAAGGUGCCAAAUUGUCCCGUUUGCCGGAGACGGGUUCGACUGGAAGUUGAUCGGUCGUCGGAUCCGAUUGACAGUGACGAUGACUGUAAAUUCUUGUGGGUAAUUGGUGCAGUGAGUUGUUUGAAUCUUGAUCUGGUUUGAAUAUUAGUUUUGGAUCUAUUUGCACAUGAUGUUCCUGGAAAGAGUGAAAUUCAAUUUGAUGCAAUUCGGAGACUUUAACCUUGUGAUUGCACUCUUUGGGUUUGAGGAAGAGAAAUAGCGAAAUCAAGAGCAGGAAUGCUUUAGAGAGUUGUAAAUUAUGAAGUCGAAGUUGUACACUGUCCUCCAGGGACUUCAUGGCUUGGUACUGGUUAUGUUUUGUAUUUCGGGUUAUGG